AUGUUUAUAAACAGGAGUCGGGUAUCACUUGUAACCAGGAGUCGGGUACCACUUGUAACCAGGAGUCGUGUAUCACUUGUAACCAGGAGUCGUGUACCACUUGUAACCAGGAGUUGUGUACCACUUGUAACCAGGAGUCGUGUAUCACUUGUAACCAGGAGUCGUGUACCACUUGUAACCAGGAGUCGUGUACCACUUGUAACCAGGAGUCGUGUAUCACUUGUAACCAGGAGUCGUGUACCACUUGUAACCAGGAGUCGUGUACCACUUGUAACCGGGAGUCGUGUACCACUUGUAACCAGGAGUCGUGUACCACUUGUAACCGGGAGUCGUGUAUCACUUGUAACCAGGAGUCGUGUACCACUUGUAACCAGGAGUCGGGUACCACUUGUAACCAGGAGUCGUUUACCACUUGUAACCGGGAGUCGUGUAUCACUUGUAACCAGGAGUCGUGUAUCACUUGUAACCAGGAGUCGUGUACCACUUGUAACCAGAAGUCGUGUACCACUUGUAACCAGGAGUCGUGUACCACUUGUAACCAGGAGUCGUGUACCACUUGUAACCAGGAGUCGUGUACCACUUGUAACCAGGAGUCGUGUACCACUUGUAACCAGGAGUCGUGUAUCACUUGUAACCAGGAGUCGUGUACCACUUGUAACCAGGAGUCGUGUACCACUUGUAACCAGGAGUCGUGUAACACUUGUAACCAGGAGUCGUGUAUCACUUGUAACCAGGAGUCGGGUACCACUUGUAACCAGGAGUCGUGUACCACUUGUAACAAGAAGUCGUGUAUCACUUGUAACCAAGAGUCGGGUACCACUUGUAACCAGGAGUCGUGUACCACUUGUAACAAGAAGUCGUGUAUCACUUGUAACCAAGAGUCGUGUACCACUUGUAACCAAGAGUCGUGUACCACUUGUAACAAGAAGUCGUGUAUCACUUGUAACCAAGAGUCGUGUACCACUUGUAACAAGAAGUCGUGUACCACUUGUAACCAGGAGUCGUGUACCACUUGUAACAAGAAGUCGUGUAUCACUUGUAACCAAGAGUCGUGUACCACUUGUAACAAGAAGUCGUGUAUCACUUGUAACCAAGAGUCGUGUACCACUUGUAACAAGAAGUCGUGUAUCACUUGUAACCAAGAGUCGUGUACCACUUGUAACCAGGAGUCGUGUAUCACUUGUAACCAGGAGUCUUGUAUCACUUGUAACCAGGAGUCGUGUAUCACUUGUAACCAGGAGUCGUGUAUCACUUGUAACUAGGAGUCGUGUACCACUUGUAACCAGGAGUCGUGUACCACUUGUAACCAGGAGUCGUGUACCACUUGUAACCGGGAGUCGGGUACCCCUUGUAACCAGGAGUCGGGUACCACUUGUAACCAGGAGUCGUGUAACACUUGUAACCAGGAGUCGUUUAUCACUUGUAACCGGGAGUC